GGAGAGAGAGAGAGAGAGGAUGAAUCCACCGCAACUGCCACCUGGUCGGGCGCGCGGGUCGUCACCCUCUGAAUCGGAGAAAUCUCCGGCCGAUCGCCAUCCCGGCGGCGGCGGCGGCGGCGGCUUGGAAGCGUCUCUGGUCAGCCUAACCCACCAUCACCACCACCAGUCGGUCGUCCUCCGAGACCGCGCCGAGAAAGCCAAGAGAGACGCGAUUAGGAGCGCGGCGGCGGUGUCGGAUCUGCUGGUGGAGACGGUGAACGGAGGGGUGGAGGAGGCCUUCCUCAACGAAAAGCGCAUCGAGCUCGAGAUUCGAGCAUUGGCUGCCACCGCCUCCCGCUUCAUGAAGCAGACCGAUCAAUGGCUCACCUCCACUCAUGCUAUGAACUCCGCCGUCAAGGAAAUUGGGGACUUCGAGAACUGGAUGAAGAUAAUGGAUUAUGAUUGCAAGAGCAUCAAUGCAGCCAUCCGCAACAUUUAUCAAGCUUGAUUUUCGGCAGUCGGAUAAGGAAUCCAUCUGCAUUCUCUCUGUUUGUCUUCCUCGUGUCGAAGGUACAGGAUCGUGGCCCGUCUUCACCUAGCCACUCAUUUUUGCUAUGGAAAGAUAGCUUCUUUUCUUCUUUUGGAAAGGUUGAUUGGGUGAUGCCAGAGGUGCUAGGGUCUCCGCUGGGACCAAGUGCGCAAAAUGGAUCUUUGUGAUGUUGCUUGUACAUUGAAAUGUGCAUGGAAGCUGAUCGCUGGCAUUACAGUCAUUCUUUGAUUAAGGAUAGCUUCCGGGCUGGUAAAGCCGGAACAAACUCUGCUUAUGCAUGAAAGGGUGUUAAGAGAAGUUCAUGAUGUGCUGAAACCUCAUCUUGUACGCUUCAUAGGAAAUUGGGAAUAGUAUAUCGACAUACUUGUGGCACGACCAUUGGCACCCUCGUGGUGUCUUGUUGGAUGAUAUUCUUGAACAGUUCUUUACAAUGUUCCGCUCUGUCUCCUAUGCCUAAAGUAGCUGAGAUAAUUCAAGACAGGGACUGGCAUUUGGUUUGGUAUUAGAUGGGAUGAUUUGGUAGCUAUCUAAGCUGCUUUAUGUGGCACUUUCACUCCUAACUCUGUUAUUGAUGUUGGACUAUUAUGUACUGUUUCUAUAUGCUGCGCUUUGCCUCCUGCUACUGCUUGGAAUCUUGUGAGAUAGAUUGGUAAUAAAGUGGACUGGCAUAGGUUGAUUUGGUUC